UAAUGGCAACAGCUGAGGUACUGAAUAUUGGGAGAAAACUCUAUGAGCGUAAGACAAAAAAAGUCUAUAAAUUGUUAGAUAAUCCAGGAAGAGUCCUCCUGCUGUCCAAGGACCAGAUUACAGCAGGAAAUGCAGCUAGAAAGAACCACCUGGAAGGCAAAGCCACAAUCUCUAUCAAGAUUACCAGCUGUAUUUUUCAGUUGUUAGAGGAUGUCUGUAUCAAAACCGCUUUCACCAAGAAAUAUGGGGAGACUGCUUUCAUUGCAUCCCAAUAUGAAAUUAUUCCAAUUGAAUGGGUGUGCCAAAGAAUAGCAACUGGAUCUUUUCGCAAAAGGAAUCCUGGUGUAAAGGAGGGGUAUAAAUUUUACCCACCAAAGGGGGAGAUGUUCUUCAAGGAUGAUGCCAAUAAUGACCCACAGUGGUCUGAAGAGCAGCUCAUUGCUGCAAAGUUUUGCUUUGCUGAACUUGUUAUAGACCAGACUGAAGUGGACAUCAUGAGUCAUGCUGCACAAGCUAUUUUUGAAAUACUGGAGAAAUGUUGGCUGCCCCAGAACUGUACACUGGUCCAUAUGAAUAUUGAAUUUGGUGUUGAUGUAACCACCAAAGAGAUUGUUCUUGCUGAUGUUAUCGAUAAUCAUUCCUGGAGACUCUGGCCAUCAGGAGAUUGGAGCCAGCAGAAAGACAAACAGUCUUACCGUGACCUCAAGGAGGUAACUCCAGAAGGACUCCAGAUGGUAAAGAAAAACUUUGAGUGGGUUGCAGAUCGAGUGCAGUUGCUUCUGAAGUCAGACAGUCAGCGGUGCAGGGUCGUAGUGCUGAUGGGUUCAACUUCGGACCUUGGGCACUGUGAGAAAAUUAAGAAGGCCUGUGGGAAUUUUGGGAUUCCGUGUGAACUUCGAGUAACAUCUGCCCAUAAAGGACCAGAUGAAACUUUGAGGAUUAAAGCAGAAUAUGAAGGGGAUGGCAUACCUACUCUAUUUGUCGCAGUGGCAGGCAGAAGCAAUGGUUUGGGCUCAGUGAUGUCUGGUAAUACUGCAUAUCCAGUUAUCCGCUGUCCCCCCAUCACACCAGACUGGGGUGUUCAGGAUGUCUGGUCAUCUCUUCGAUUGCCCAGUGGUCUUGGCUGUUCAACUAUACUUUCUCCAGAAGUAUCUGCUCAGUUUGCUGCUCAGAUAUUUGGGUUAAACAACCAUUUGGUGUGGGCCAAACUUAGAGCCAGCAUAGUGAACACAUAGAUAUCUUUAAAGCAAGCUGACAAGAAAAUCAGAGAAUGCAAUUUGUAAAAGUAAUUUUUAGGAGAAAAGUUACACAUUCCUAGUUUGGAUUAAAAAGAAAAGAAUUCAAGCAAAAUGGUUUCACAUCAGAGAAAACAAUUCAAUUUACUAGUGAACAAAUGAUCCUAGGUGUAUGGGUUGACAGAUUGUCAAUGAUAUUUAUUACUGAUAUUCUCUAGCUCUGAAUAGUGAUGUAUCCCUGUAACCUCAUUACACCAGAGGCUGAGGCAGAAGAUCUAUAUGUUGAGAUCCUACUGAAAAAAAAAACUAUAGUUAGUAAAAUUGGUAUGACACUAUUAAAUUAUAUACCACCUA